GUUUGCUAUUUCAGGUUCCGGGUCGGGGACGCUUCAUUGAGUUUGGGAACUUUCAUACAAGUGGGGUCUCCAUUUUGGUGCACUCGUUGCUGUGCUGGGCUGUUCUAGCAUUUCAUGGAAAUAGCUAUCUUCUUGUAUCCACUAGCCUAUCUUCCGCUAAAAUCUCAUACUGGCUUUCGGAACCUCUCAAAAACCUAGCGGAUUAGCCCUACUCUCUCUCCCUGUAGAACAAGGCUUUGUUACUCGCAAUUUGUAGGGCAGCCUGUUAUUUCAUAUCGUCCAUAAAGCCAGAGGCUCGGAGCCCUCUUAUUUUUUUCUCACGAAGUGCUCUCUCUCUCUCCUUCUUCUUUCUCUCUCUUCUGUCUCUCUCUGUGCCCGAAAACCUAAUCCUCUCCUCUCCAUGGACACGGUGGCCGUGAGAGCACUCUUCAGCUUCUAAUAUAUCAUAUCAGAUGUUACCGAGCUUCCUCUAUCCCUUCCGCCUUGCUAUCACAACUGAUCGAAGCUGAGACAACUUUCAAUCGGUCCUCCACCUUCACCGCAUUAUUUUGGGCUCAAUUGUUGGCCCAACUUUUUGCAGUGCCGGAAGGCUUCUUUCACCCUCUCUCUCGAUUACUCUUGCAUCGCUAGUUACCUAACAAUGGACGCUACUGACCCCCUAGAAGAAACAAGACCCUUUUCUCUCUUCUCCAGCAAAUACCUCAAAAAGAGACCCGCCUUCAUUAGCAGCCCCACCAAAACCCUAAUACCUGAAGAAGAAGGAAAAAAUCGUAAACCUUUCUCUUCCAAUGAUCUGGAAACCUUCGAGGAGCUCGGCCUCUCGGAGUGGGCCACACAGACCUGCAAAGAGCUCGGCAUGAAGAAAGCCACACCUGUUCAGCAACACUGCGUGCCCCAAAUCCUCAAAGGGAAAGAUGUACUAGGUUUAGCUGAGACUGGUAGCGGAAAAACUGCUGCUUUUGCUCUCCCCAUUCUUCAAAAACUCUCGGAGAACCCGUAUGGGGUCUUCUCUCUAGUGAUUACACCAACCAGAGAGCUGGCUUAUCAGUUGGCUGAGCAGUUUAGGGCAUUGGGUUCUUCUUUGCAUCUUCGUUGUACUGUUGUGGUGGGAGGUAUGGACAUGAUCACACAGGCAAAGGCUUUGAUGCAGAGGCCUCAUGUUGUGGUUGCUACUCCAGGGCGAAUUAAGGUGUUGCUUACUGCAAAUCCUGAGUUGCCUGCAGUUUUCUCCAAGACCAGGUUUCUAGUUUUGGAUGAGGCAGACAGGGUUUUGGAUGUUGGUUUUGAGGAAGAACUUAAAGUAAUAUUUCAAAGCUUACCAAAAGAACGACAAACUCUUCUCUUUUCUGCAACCAUGACAAAUGAGCUGCGAGUUUUACAUGAGCUUUCUGCAGACAGGGCCUAUUUUUAUCAAGCUUACGAAGGAUUGAAGACAGUUGAAUCUUUGAAGCAGCAAUAUGUCUUCAUUCCAGUGAAUGUGAAGGAUGUUUAUCUCACACAUAUUUUGUCAACAAUGGAGGAUAAUGGUAUCCGCUCUGCCAUUAUUUUUGUUUCCUCUUGCAGAACUUGUCAUCUAGUGAGUUUGCUAUUGGAAGAGCUCGAAAUGACAGCUGUUGCAUUGCAUUCAUACAAAUCCCAAUCGCUAAGACUUGCUGCACUUAAUCGAUUUAAAUCUGGUCAAGCUCCUAUCUUGUUGGCAACUGAUGUUGCUGGUCGUGGCCUGGACAUUCCAACUGUUGAUCUUGUCAUCAACUAUGACAUUCCAAGGUAUCCACGUGACUAUGUUCAUCGUGUUGGUCGUACAGCAAGAGCUGGUAGGGGAGGACAGGCUGUGAGUUUGGUAACUCAGAAUGAUGUAUGUCUUGUACAUGAAAUAGAAGCUGUAGUUGGAAGACAAUUAGAGGAGUUCGCAUGUAAAGAGAAAGAAGUGCUUGCUGAUAUCACUAAGGUUUACAAGGCCAAACGGGUUGCAAUGAUGAGGAUGGUUGAUGAUGGUUUUGACGAAAAAAUGAAGCAGAGAAAAGCCCAAACGUUGAGGACCUUAGCAGAGAAAGGUUUCUUGCAGAAAAAAAGGAAAGAGCGGGAGUGAGAAACAGUCCAGUUCCUUAGUAGUGCGUGCAGUAUUUGUAUCCAGUUACCCAGGUUUUGCAAGAGAUGUUUUGGGAUAUCCAGUCUUUUACUAGGAUCUGCGGUGCAUUCUUGCCUGUUUUCAAUGUGGUUCAGCUGGCAGCCCUUUUUGUAUCCAGUUACUGAGGUUUUGCGAUAAUGUUUCAGUAACUGGGCCAGACCAACCAGUUCAAAUAGGACCAGGACUACAUCCGGUUCAACAAGGAAACUUGCAUUUUGGGAUUAUUUAAGACAGAAAAAAGGUUAAACUUGAUUGAAUAUGUUAAAUUGGGUUAAACUAGCCUGUAGACCUGCAGACUUUUUUUCUUAAUUAUCUGUAUUCUAUUUGUUUUUGUUAUAGAACAACUAAUUGUACUGGCACAUGAACCAGAUUGUACGGGGCUAGGCGAGGCGGGCUCUCUCCAAUUCAACCACAAGCCUGGUAAUGAGGGAUUGGCUUAGAGGUUUUAAUUUUAGACUUUCAAGCGAUGAAAAGAAAAAUAUUUCGUGGUUGCAAAAUGUUCUGUUCAAGGAGCAAUGUGGAGAGAACUUGGAAAAUAUUUUUGUAUAGUAUCCUUGGCUUAUUGGGUGUAAAAUUUUAAUAAUGUGGAAUAGCUGUGUGCGUGCGUGUGCGUGUGUGUGUGUGUGUGAGAGAGAGAGAGAGAGAGCCCUAUUUUGUGGACAUGGGAAUGAAAGCCUUGUCUAGGAGGUUACCUUUAAAA